CUUCUGUUACGCAGCCGUCUCUGAAACUUUUCGUCGUCUUCUAUCUUCUCCCAACUAUGUUGUUGAAACCUCGAUAGACUCGAAAUCUCAGAGAUUCAUCAAAGAAGACGAUCGAGACGAAGAUGGAGAACGUGUUUUGUGAAUGUUACGGAGAUCAUGUUGAAGCUGAGGAGAAGAAGCAGAAGAAACAGAACAGUACGGCUACGACGACGCCAGUCACCGUCGUUCUUAAGGUUGAUAUGCACUGUGAUGGUUGUAUCGCUCGAAUCGUACGAUUAGCUCGUCGUUUGGAAGGAGUUGAAACAGUGAGGCCAGAACCUGUUUCGAACAAGCUGACUCUGAUUGGGUUUAUGGAGGAUCCAGUGAAGACUGCUGAGAAACUGCAGAAGAAGAGCAAGAAGAAGGUGGAGCUUAUAUCACCUAAACCAAAGAAAAAAACCAAAGAGAAGGAUGAGAAAAAGUCUAAUGAUAAUAAGGCUCAGACUGUGGUUGCUGUGACUACAGUGGUACUGAAGCUGAAUUGCUCAUGUGAUGGCUGCAUCAAGAGGAUUUACAAGACUAUCCGUAACACCAAAGGAGUGUAUCAGGUCAAAACGGACAAGGAGAAGGAAACGGUAACAGUCAUGGGGGCGAUGGAUGUUAAGAAUGUGACAGAGAAUGUGAAACGUAAGAUGAAGAAAACAGUCCACGUCGUGCCUGAGAAGAAGAAGAAAGAGAAAGACAAUGCAGAGGGAAUCACCAAAGUCGGGUCUCCGGGUCAACCUUGUUAUGGUUGCACUCAUGGGCUUGGGCCUUGCCGGUUCCCAGAAGGCCCAAUGACUGGUUUUUUCAGUGAGGAGGAUCAAAGCUUUUGCAGCGUUAUGUGAUUUUCGAGGCUAAUAAAAACAUUUGG